UUCCUGCUUCGUUCGCACGUUUCGCGAUAUGGGAAAGAGCGUCCAGUCAACCAGCACCACCUGAGGAUCCCGGAAGCCGCCCCCGCCAUGGAAGAGGACCAAGAGCUGGAGAGAAAAAUGUCUGGAUUGAAGACCUCAAUGGCUGAAGGCGAGAGGAAGACAGCCCUGGAAAUGGUCCAGGCAGCUGGAACAGAUAGACACUGUGUGACAUUUGUUUUGCAUGAGGAGGACCAUACCCUAGGAAAUUCUCUUCGUUACAUGAUCAUGAAGAACCCGGAAGUGGAAUUUUGUGGAUACACUACAACCCAUCCUUCAGAGAGUAAAAUUAAUUUACGCAUUCAGACUCGAGGUGGUCUUCCAGCUGUUGAGCCAUUUCAGAGAGGCCUGAAUGAGCUCAUGAAUGUCUGCCAACAUGUGCUUGACAAGUUUGAGGCCAGCAUAAAGGAAUAUAAGGACCAAAAAGCAAGCAGAAAUGAAUCCUCAUUCUAGUCCCUUGUGCACUAUACAGGGAGGAACAUUCUCUAGGUUGGUCUCUUCGUGAUCUUGUAAAACUCAGAAAUAGAAGUUUGUGGUUACUACAUGAUCUGUCAUUCAGAAAGGUGUGAUUCUAGCUAUUAACCCAUUACUCCUGUUGGAAUCCCUGCAAGAACCUUUGUAUUCUUCAAAUAAAUUCCCUCUUUAAACUAAUUUGAGUGGUUUCUGUUCCUUAUUCCUCAAGUUGACUAUUUUAGGGGUUUUCAUGUUUUGUUUUGUUUUUUUAUUAUUUUAAUUGAGCCAACAUUGAAGGUGAAGAAACUAUGAGAAAAUCAGGGGCCUUGACAAGGACUUUUAUCAAGGGAAUUAAAAGAAAUAUGCAUUCAUGGCUGUUAUUGGGGGUGAUAGAGAUGUGCAAUAGAUCAUGACCCCAGGUAGACUGGUUAAUUUUGGGG